AUGCAAGGGGCGGGUCUGCUUCCAGCUGCUUCUGAGCAGCCUCAGGCUCAAAUAGCUGCUACUGAGCAGGCUCGGGCUCAAAUGCAACAGUGGGCACGCUUUCCAUUGUAUUUGACCCAAGACGUUUGGAACAUCUUGCAAGGGAGCUCCGAGAGACAGCUUCGGAAAGUGGAAUGCGUCACUUCGCAUCUUGUAACGUUGGGCUUACGAAACCCUUCGGAGCGGACCAUGGCAACCGUGGCUGCUGUGAUUGCUCAAUGCGAUGGCCAAAAUAUGGAGGAUCCAGACACUGCAAAGCAAGUUGCUCUUUUGUCAACUGUGAAGAGUGUGAUGAAGACCCAUAUCAUCCGAGCUCGUCAGCUUGGCACUCCGAUUGGGGGAGGUUACUUGCAGGAAUUGCCUGUGACCUGGGAGCAGCUACCAGGAGAAAUGCGCGAGCGCUUUUUUCCGACUGGAUUGGUGCAGCCGCCGAUUGACCUGAACAUUGCAUGGCGAUCUGGGAAUGCGUGGCCAAUGCGCAGCACUCAUCGUUCUAGGCAAUUGCAAGGUGGCCACACUGACUUGAUCUCUUCUCAGGCUGGGUAUGCUGCUGCAAUUGCUCAGCAAGCAGCGGUCACGACGGCUCAGGCUUUGCUUGCUUUGGUGAACCCGGGCGCAGUAGGGCGCUGUUCUGAAGUGCAGCUGCCUGGAUUCCAGCAAUUUCAGCCUGGGAACCGUGAGAUGCCUGUCAGUCGAAGAGAUGAGUCUUUGAGGUUGAUGUUGGAACAAGCCAAUGCAGCUCCUGCAGCUGCUAGUUCUUCCAGCGUGCCGGCGGCUCCUGCCUCAAUGUCUCAGCAGUUGGCCCUGACCAAUGGCGAGCCGUCGCAAAGCGUUGGCGCUGUUGCGACGCCUGCAGCACCGUCUGCGGUGCAGCCAGCGGUGGAUUCGCAGCCGGAGGGGUCAGCUGCGAUGGAGGCCGCGGAGGCGGCGCAGGUGGAAGCAAGUUUGGCUAUCUUGGCCAAUGCUCAUUACAAUGAGACGCUGCCUUCAGUUUUGUCGCCGCCCGAGGAGGCGAGCGCAUGCAAGCGGCCUGCAGGUAAGUCCGCUGUGAGCGUGAAGAAGAUUAUGAAGAGGCCUGCUGCUGCAGCAAUGCUGGCUUCAUCUUCCGAGAAAAGGAUUUACCAGAAGCCUGCGGCUGCAUCUUCGUCAAUUGGACCAAAAAAAAGGCCAGCGGCAAAGACAGAUCAGGAGAAGAAGAUUACUCGGGCUAAGGCUUACGAGCUGAGGCCAACGGGCUGCGCUCGCUGUCGCCAUCAGCGCGGUUGUUGCCCCAGCUGUUGGAAGAAGAAAGGUAUGCGAGAUGAGACCGGUGAUUUUGUGCAAGUGCAGUGGCAGCAGCGCGGCAUGGGUACUGGUCGCAUGAUUAUGAAAACUUUGCCUGCGCUUUGGCGGGAUAGCAAGGAUGAGAAGCUUGAAGUCUUGAGUGUGACUUCUGAGUCCCCGAAGCAGCGGCGCACGACGCCUGUUGAGCGAUUGCCACUGAAGAAAGAACAGCAAGUCGUGGCAGAAAUGAUUUUUGCUACAUUGGAGGCCUUGCGGGGUGAGAAGGGCAGGUCGAUGUCUGCAGAGAGCCGCAAUGAGCGUAUUCAAUCGCUUGAGGAUGUAUCUUUGGAUAUUUCGGAUGCAUGUCUGAGUAGCGCUGAUUUGAUGAAGAUUAAGGUUGUGGUGGAGAAGGUCAUGGCGUCCACUUCGUCGGAGGAGCCCGACCAUAGACCACGUGGGCCGGAUGAUGCAGAGGAGGCGCUGCAGGCGGAGCGUGGUGACGCUGGCCUGCCUGAUGCGCCGCAGGCGGAGCGUGGUGACGCUGGCCUGGAUGAUGCGCCGAAGGCGGAGCGUGGUGACGCUGGCCUGGAUGAUGCGCCGAAGGAAGAGCGUUCAGACGCUGCCCCUCUGGCCAAGGCGGAAGGGGAUUCGGCCCUACCGGAAGUGGCUGCAGGAGACAAGACUGCGCCGCAUGGAGGAGAAGGCGGCGAAAGCCGAAAGAAUCGCCGUGGUGGGUGGCGAACCAAAAGCAACGUGGAUCGGCAGCCGUGCUCAAUCUGUUGGACAAAGGUGUCGAACACAGAACAAGGUUUGACACAACACCAACAGAGCAAGUAUUGCCUGACCUGGCGAUACAGGAAUGAGGGACACUCGAAAUGGGAGGCGGCGGCAAUGGCGGAGAGGCAGCUGGCACAGGGGCUGCCGCUGCCGCCGCCUGUGCCCCCAGAGCGUUCCCGCUCAAGGACGCGCAGGGCUUCGCGCAGUCCGUUAGCCCGCGCAAGGAGCUCCGGCCGCAACACAGCCCGCCGCAGAGGGGAAGCGCGCGAGCGCGCUCUGGAAGAAGCAGAAGAAGAGGCCUGGAGAAGGCGUGAGCGCCGAAGGCAGGAAGAGGAAGAGGCGCGGUUGCGCGCCACGGAAGAAGAAGCAUAUGAGAGGGAAGCGCGCAGAAAAGACAAGGCGCGUGCGCGCGCCAUGGAGGAAGAAGAAGAGCUUGCGAGGCAGGACCGCAGAGAACGCAAGGUGCGUGCGCGCGCCAUGGAGGAAGAAGAACUGCGCAGACAAGAACGGGAAGGUCGUAAGCAGCGCGAGGACCGCACGCGCGCGGUAGAGGAAGAUGAGGCAUGCCGCGACCGACUGGUGCGUGAGCGCGCUGGAGCCGACAGCAAAGAGAAGCCUAUGGUUCCAGUGUCGAAGGAAACGACUGCAGCAGCUGCCAAAGCUGGAACUGGGCGCGGCAAGGAGCCAGCUGCCGCGCCGGACAAAGAGAGUUCGUCUUACAGCUACUAUACCAGCAGUUCCGAAGAGCAAGACGGCAACACAGAGGCGGCGCCCGCGCCCGCUGCAGAGAGCAACCAAGCAGCUGCCAAACAAAAGGAGAAGGCGUCCGUGGCUGAUGCCAAGAAAGCCCAAGCUGCGCCCAAGAAAAAAGAUGCGGCGUUCGCGCCGGCCGAACCAAAGCAGGCGGCGGCGGCGCCUACGCUGCCUGGCAUCGAAUUCGUGGAUCGCCUCCUGCAGACUGCGAUCCGUGAGGGUUUGCAAGGCCUGAAAUAG